UUCACUGUUGGAGCUUAGAGCAUAAAAUAAACAUGGACGUGGACACGGCGAGUGACAAUACUUCAAUAGACGACAAAACCGAGGAUUUUUGCGAAAAUCCAACGAGAGAUGCUCUGACCGAAGGUCUUAUGAGCCUUUUGAAACCCACCGUCGAUCAACUGGACGAGAGAAUUCGAGCGACGAGAAUAAGCCAAAUCGAGCUGAAACAACAAAUAGAGUCGUUGACAGAAGAGCUUGUCAAAAUAUCAGAAUUUCUUCAAUGUCCCUUCGAGGUGGAUGGUUAUGUGAAGAAACUCGUCAAUGCAAAGCACAGAGUGACAAUAGUCAGCAAUAUAUUGCAAACGACGCAAGAACGAUUGAACAAGGUACACGAAUCUGUAGAACGUGACACUUCCAAGAGGAAAGCCCUUCUGGACAGUAGUUCCAUGUACGAAGCAGCUAGGAGCUCCGCAGAGGUGAAAAAAGAGGGAAGAGCAGAAGUGAGUCACGAGAGCACAGGAGAAAAAGAAGCGGCGACCGAAGUUCCGGAGACCACGAGCUCCACGAGCCAAAACUCAGAGACGGAAAAUCCAGAGGGCAAAAAUCCAGGGACUCAGGAUUAAAU